GUUGUGAAGUGUGAAGCACGUGGUCAGUCAGCACAGAGCACGCUGUUUUGGCAGGAGAGGCCUAGAUAUUCACAUUUUCCUUUGUCUUUCAGCACUUUCCAUCUUACCAUGGGGUCCAGCCCUGCAGAAGUGUUCGGCGGGAGCGAGAUAAGCUUCUGGCUAUCAAGAGGCGAGCAUACCAUAUGUAUGGACGUAAAAGUGAGGAAAAAGGCAACCGUGGUGCCCGCCGUGGGACCGUUACGUUUAUCUGAUGAACAAUGACGGCAUGGUGUACUUACAGGCCCAGAUGACCGGGUUCGUGGUGAUACUGGAGGAUGAGGAGUUCGGGCAGAGGUUGAUUGGUGAUAUCUUGGUGAAUGUGGGUGUGUAUGCUGGCGAGGACGUCACGGUGGUGGUGGAGGAGGAGGAGACGGUGGUGGGGAGGGGCGAGCUGCGGUUGGUGGAGGGAUUGGUAAGGGUAUACGGCGUCGUGUUCAUCAUAAACUAUGGUUUCUUGGUGAUGCAUGGCGUGGUGGUGAAGUAUUAGUGAUGAGGGUCUCGGUGGCAUAGGUGGUGAUGCUGGCUGUGUUGGUUAAGAGGCUGUGCUGAUGAACUGGUCUUGAUGUAAAGGGUUGUGGUGAGGCGUUAGGAUUGGUGAUGUCAUAGUGGGGAUGUACUGGGACUUCCGGUGAUGAGGCUGUGUUGGGUCUAUUUUCCCAUUUGAUAGCUAGAAUCCUUCAAUUUAUUUCACUUAAAUAGUCCAAAUGACUUCCAGGCCCGUUGACUUUAUUACCUAUAUAUUAAUUCAGGGCUGUUAAUUAUAAUCUCAAGAGGAAUUUUCUUGUAGUUUGAAUCUAUUGAAUUUAUUUUUUAAUCAGCAAUUGUUUGUUUUUAUGUAAUGAGUAGCGGAUGCACUCGUUUGAUUAGCAGAGAUUUCAUUUGAUGCAUUUAUCUAUAUAUUUUUUAUCAGGUUAAUAUCAGUUGGUUUUAGCAGAGAGGAGCUUCAGUAUCUUAUUGUGCUGAGUGGUCCUAAUACUUAAGAGUUUGUUUGCUUCAUUGUGAAAUUUUUUUUUAAAGUGGUUCAGGAUAAGUCAACUUUUCAUGGGUUUUUCUUUCUGUGGUCUUUAGAGGUCAGUGUUCUCAACCAUGUGAAAAGAAGAAGGAACAAGACUUGUGUUCAUCUUAUGUGUGUAUCUUGAGUAGUACUUAUUUAGUUGGAUAUGUAGUAAUGUGGAUCUAAUGUAAUUUACACAUUUGUCACCUUAAGUAACUAAAAAAUUCCCAAGUUCAGUUGUGUAGUGAGCUCUUUUUAAUCAGCAAAUUUCUAUAUACAAUUGCUAUAAUUAUGCAGUAGUGUUUCAGUUUGUGUUUUGACUUUAUGAUAAUUAGUGCCUGUUAUAAUAUUAAAUAUUUAGUUCUCAUGGGAAAUCUGGUAAUUUAUUUAUAUUUUUUUUUUAUUUUAUAUGAGAAAGGCACUGGUCUUGGGCAAUUAAAAAAAAUUAAAAGAGAUUGAGGUGGUAGUUUCUAAAGAAAAACAAUGUACGAGUAAUACUAGUACACAAUAUUAUAAUUGAUGGGUAUUUUGGUUUUGAUACAAAAUAUAGUUAAUUAUUUUUUGUAAGGAAAGUGAGAUAUGAUUUUUUUUUUUUUUUUGCAUGGACAGAUUAAUUAUUAUAUUUCAACAGUUUUGAGUGUGAAAUCUAAUAAUUCAAAUUUAAGUUUUUAAAUAUAAAUGUGAUUAUUUUGCAUAGUUAUUUUGCAGCUACAUUUAUUUAGGUGUGUCCAGUCUGGAAUUAUCUUUAUCUCUUGGUCCUUUUUGGGGAUUUCAUGGGGACAUGUAGACUAGGGUGCCUCAGCCUUACAGUGCAGCAGAGGGCCUGGUGGCAGAUGUUGGCCAAUCAGAUUUUGUCAUUGUGCCCAGUUAAUCAUGGCCAGAGAGAGUAACACAACAUCACUCACUCCAACUCAAUUAUCCAUUUCCUAUCAGUCCCAAGUCCUCUGAUGUAAUGACAGGAGUAACAAAACCUUAAAAUUGAUAGAUUCUUAACAGAUGAGAGGACAAGACUGAAGGACGUGCUGAACAGUUAGAAGUGAGUGGUGACUGUGGCUGCAUGAGGUGGUGGUGGGAGUGAGGAGGGUGAUGGUAGAGGUGUUUGUGGGUGUUGGUGGAGUGAUAGGUAGUUGUGGAUUGUGCAUGGAUGAGGUCAGCAUCCACAAGAUAUGGGUGGUGGUGGUGGUGGAGGUUAGGGUGAGAUGAGCAUGCAUACAAAGAAAACAACCACAUUAACAAGGUGAACACUGGCAACACACAUCUGCAACUGUAACAACUUGCUUCACAACCACGGGAAUUAGGAGGAAGACAAACUAAGGAGGCACAGUGAUCCCAGCGAGAGGACGUGUUGGGGAGCAGGAGGAGGGGAGGGGGUGAUGCCCGUCCCUCCACCGCUCCUGUGUCUGUCGCUGCUCGUGUCCUCCUGCCUCGCGCUUUCCCACACGGAGGGCGCCCUCGCCCCUGCCCCGCCCCGCCCCAAAGAGCCCCGGGAGGACCCCGAGGCGGAGGGUGAGGAGUGGGCGGGGGCGGCGGUGGGCGUGGUGGUGGUGAAGGCCACCGUGAUGGCCGCCAUCAUCCUGGUGUCAGUGCUGGGCAACGUGCUCGUCAUUGUGAGCGUGGCGCUACACCGCCGCCUGCACUCCCCCGCCAACUACCUGCUGGUGUCCCUCGCCACCGCCGACAUGCUGGUCGCCCUCUGCGCCAUGACCUUCAACGCCUCCGUGGAGCUUACCGGGGGCCGCUGGCUGUUCGGGCGCCUCAUGUGUGACUUGUGGAACAGCUUCGACGUAUACUUCUCCACGGUGUCCAUCCUACACCUGUGCUGCAUCAGCGUGGACCGCUACUACGCCAUCGUGCGGCCCCUCGAGUACCCGCUCACCAUCACCCGCCGCGUGCUCGGCCUCAUGCUCACCCACUGUUGGCUGGCGCCCGUUCUCAUCUCCUUUCUGCCCAUCCUUCUCGGCUGGUACACCACCGCCGAUCAUCUUCGAAGCCGCGACGCCCACCCUCACGUCUGCGCCUUCGUCGUCAACGUGGUGUUCGCCCUGGUGUCCUCGGCGGUGUCGUUCUGGGUGCCGUGCACUGUCAUGGUGGUGAUGUACUUCCGAAUCUUCCAAGAGGCGCGCAAGCAGGAGCGCGCUCUACUCAACCGUGCUUGCUCUGCUAAUUCCGCCGCCUACUCUGCCUCUUUCAGACAACAGCAGCAACAGCAGCAGCAGCAGCAGCAGCAGCAGCAGCAGCAGCAGGAACAGCAGCAGCCGCAGCAGGAUCCUCCGACGGAGGUGGUGUCACGCCAGCAGCUGCUGGUAGCGCUGCAGGGGACGCCCUUCACGCCCGCCACCUGUCAUCAGGAGAUCGUGAUGAACUCCCUCACCCCAGAUGCCGCCAAUUGUGGCGACGCCCGGGGCGGCAGCGUCACCAAGGGGAACGGCGCUGGAGGCACCACCCCUGGCAUCACGGGUGGGGGUGUUGGCGGGGGCGGGUGGCGCCUCAAGCGGCACGGCAGCACGGCCUCCUGGCACGGUUCUGUGCGGCGCCACCCGCCGUGUGAGCGGCGGCUGCACAGCACGCCGCUGGUGGGGACGCGCAGCAGCCCGAUGGCGGCGGGCCGGCGGGAGCACAAGGCGGCGCGCACGCUGGGCCUCAUCAUGGGAGCCUUCGUGCUGUGCUGGUUGCCCUUCUUCACCUGGUACGUCAGCAUCAACGUGUGCGGGCCGUCCUGCCGCUGCCCGCACGCCGUCGUCACUGCCCUCUUCUGGAUCGGCUACUUCAACUCCACCCUCAACCCUUUCAUCUACGCUUAUUUCCGCGCUGACUUCCGCGAGGCCUUCCACCGCACGUUGAAGCGUCUCAGCUGCUGCCGGGCGCGCCAGCCCUCGGGAGUGUUUGUCUGAUGCUGCCCGCAGGGCCCGCCGGCCCCGCACACUCGCCAGGCCGCGGCGCCUCGCGCCCCGGUGCUUCCUGAAUAACUGAAGCCCUUGUCGACUCUCGCCGCCACCCAUGGUGGCGGCGAGGCCGCUGCCUGCAGGUCCUUCUUGAGCCGCCUGAGCUGUCUGAGCCUGGCGGGGAGUCUGUGGGCACGCGCCGCCUCUCUGCCACAGACCCCGCUCCCUCACUCCCACACUCACACAUGCCCGCUGCGGCACCCAGCCGGGUGGUGUGGGCGCUACCGCCUCACUGGCCCACGCCACCCUCGGGAGGGACCUGCCGCGCCUCGUGAAGUGAGGUGUUGCAGCAGCAGUGGGUGAAGCCCCGCCACGCACCGCGGCCCCGGGCUGUGGAUCAGUUCCUAUCCACUGCCUCCUACAAGAAUGCUGUCGAGGCGCGGGACUUGUUGCCGGUGACGAGGCGACACAAGGCCGCCUGAUGAAGCACUUGUGUUGCCGGACAGUGGCGGCAGCAGGAGUGGCAUGGCCGCUCACCAAGUCUGCUUGUGCUUGCUUGUUGCUAUUAUUAUUAUUAUUAUUAUUAUUAUUAUUAUUAUUAUUAUUAUUAUUAUUAUUAUUAUUAUUUUGAUAUUGUUAUAAUUAUCAUCAUAAUUUUUAUUAUUAUCUUCACAAUUUUUUUUCUUCACCAUCUCCAUUACCAUCAUUAUUAUUAUCGUCAUCGGCAUCUGCCAUCAUCAUCAUUAUAUAUAUUUAUCAUUGUCAUCUUUAUUAAUGUUAUUGUUAUACGAAUACACAAGUUACAACAACAUGACAGCAUUAUCACUCUCAGCAGCAGCAGCAGCAGCAGUACGGGCACAAUAAAAUACCGAACGUAUUAAAAAAAAUGACACAAACAGGAAAACAUCCAGAACCAAACACUGGCUUCAACUAUUCCAUCUAAUCAUUCCCUCACACACACAAACAAACACACACACACACACACACACACACACACACACACACACACACACACACACACACACACACACACACACACACACACACACACACACAAAAA